AAUACAGCUCCCCCCCCCCCCGAGUCGGAAAUCCAAUCUCGAUGGGCGUUCCAGUGUAAAUCUGCUGCGUCGAUGUAUUUAGCUACUAAAUAUGCCAAGUAUCAAAUGUAAAUGUAUCAGUUUAUUUCGGGUUUCGAAGUCUGGCACCUCCUUCCAUCAACAUUGACAGAAGUGACUGCUUAAUGGCGCACUAGACUCGGCGUCCUGCUCCGGACCGCUGUCGACAUCUUCCUCCAAUGGUUAUCCGCUUCAUAUCGCCACUGCUUUUGCUGCUGGCUGGAUUCACGCACGGCCAUUUCUUCCGACUGGACACCCUCUCCAAUGCGUCCACGUACUAUUUUAAUUACAUUUACUGCAACAUAUGGGAGGGGGAGUGUCAGCCCCACCAGGACGAUGCGACCCAGCAAGUUCCCACCAGGGACAUUUGGGCGGCGUUCCCCCAGGACUACAUCAGCCUGGCGUACCACUGGUACUGCAGCCUGGGCCAGUGCUGUGAGUCUGGGGACUGCAGGGUGACCAACAAUAUCACAGGCCUGGCUCGAGACCUUCAGACCAAACUGCACGGUCAGCACCUGGCCCAGUCUGUGGUUUUGAAAGCCAUCCAGGGUUUCAUCAACAACCCGGAGUCCAACAAGCCCCUGACACUCUCCUUCCAUGGCUGGUCCGGUACCGGAAAGAAUUUUGUUGCCAGAAUUAUUGCGGAUAACCUUUAUCGUGACGGGGUGAAGAGCGAGUGUGUGCGUCUUUUCAUCGCCCCGUUCCACUUCCCACACGCGAGACUGGUGGACAUGUACAAGAGUCAGCUGAGAGAAGCAAUUCGGGACAUGGUUCUCCGAUGUUCCCAGACACUGUUUAUCUUUGAUGAGGCUGAGAAGCUUCACCCAGGCCUCAUCGACGCAAUCAAGCCUUACAUGGACCACUAUGACAAUGUAGACGGCGUCAACUACCGGAAGGGCAUAUUCCUCUACCUCAGUAAUAUUGGAGGCGCGACGAUCAACGAUGUUGCCUUGGACUUUUGGCACUCAGGUCAGAACCGAGAGGACAUCGGGAUGGAAGAUCUGGAACAUCGUCUCCGUGCUGAAACCAUGGAGUCCCAAGGUGGGUUUGCACAGAGUGAGCUAAUGUCGGGCCAUCUCAUUGACUUCUUCGUGCCCUUCCUACCUCUGGAGUACCGUCACGUCAAGCUGUGCGCCAAGGACGCUUUCACGGCUCGAGGCCUUGAGACGGACGACGCCACCCUGGACGAAGUGGCCAAGGCCAUGCUGUAUAUUCCAAAAGAGGAGAGACUGUUCUCUGCCCAGGGAUGCAAGUCCAUACCUCAGCGAAUCAACUUCUUUCUGCCCUAGAAGAGAGACCUGGGGAGGUGUGACGGUUUACGCUCUUUACAGGUGCCGUCCGUGUCUGUCCAGGUCACAAAGAAGAGAUCAGACAAGAGGACAUUCUAUGUGGGGAGAGCAGAGCGCCAUUUGUUGCAGGGUGUCAAAAACAGGACACCCUGCCCUUUUUAAGAUGAAGAAAACAUUGACACGUUUCCGAAUCAGAAUCAGAAAAGUUUUUAUUGCCAUUGUUUGAGAACGGGUUCACAAACUAAGAAUUUUACUUGGCACAAUCGUGCAACAUAAAAGACAUAUAACAUGAGCUGUAACUGAGCUCUCAGAUCCUGUUAUUGUUCACGUGUCUGACGGCCGGGGGGAAAAAACUGUUUGAUGGCGGGAGGUGUGGGUCUGGAUGGACCGUAGUCUCCUGCCUGAGGGAAGAGGGGAGAAUAUUUUGUGUCCAGGGUGAGAAGAGUCAGCUGUAUAUAUAUUCAAUAUAUACAAUAUAUAUAUUGUAUAUAUUCACUAUACACUGUGCAAAAGUCCAGUCAAAGUUGUCAUCUUGACAAAGUAGAACAUAAACCUAAUGGUGGGAUCAAACGUUUGCUCAUAUACACACCUCACCCAAAUUUAGUGAGGUGUGUAUUUAUAGUAGGUAGUGACAUUUCUUUGUCACUACCUACUAGUUACUAUUUAGAAAUGUACACGUGUGCUUUUUGAAGUUGUACUCAAUGUUAAAUUAUAUUUUGCUUUUUUUUAAAACUAUAAAAAAAACACUGGAUUGUUGUUGCAAUGCACCUAAAGGGACAUGUUUUUUUAAUCUUUAUUUAUGAGGUCACUGUGUUUUUAAGUGUGAGAAAAAUUAAGAAAAACAUUUUUCAACCCUACUACACUAUCAUCCGUUGUUUUCAAUGUUGUCCAAAUAAAUUGAUUUUACCUCCCUUA